AUGGCACUCAACCACCUCAAAAAGAGGGAUUCAGCGGGGGCGUGGCCUAACCUCGGACGAAGAUGGACGCCUGAUCCUAAAGCUCCGAUCCCCCCACGCGCUAAAUCCCCUGCCAUCCGCAUCCCUCACGCCCCAAAACAGUCUGCCCUCAUACCAGCAGCAACCCCAACACAGCUGGCACCCGCCUGGUACGGAAAACCAAGAAUGGGCGGCAACAAGAAACGGAGGGACACGAACCCAUCGGUGGCCUCCAUAUUCCGCACGCCAUCAGACCAACGGAGACCAAUCUCCUCACAGGCAGAAGAGGAAUCUGGGUCGGAGGCUGAAAGUCUGGACACAGUGAUGAACCCGGCGGCCCCCAUAACCAUCGCGGUACUGAGAGACAUGCUGCACCAAGCCACCAACGACAUUAAGGCCCAUGUAGCCGCCGAGAUGGAAAGACAUGUGGCAGGCCUUAAAGAGGAAGUAGUAGGCCUCACCGCCCGCACAGAUCAGGUAGAAAACCGGAUUGCCUCCAUAUAUGCCACCUCCACAUCUCACACUCAAGACAUAGCAUACCUAUAUGGCCACAUGGCUGCACUAGAAGAUGGCCUAGAAGACCUAAACAACAGGUCCAGACGUAAUAACAUACGAAUCCGCGGCCUACCCGAAACCGUCACCAUGGAACAACUUGUCCCCACACUUCACAGCAUUUUUAAAACAUUGGCCCCAGACCUCACACCUCAAGAGAUGGAAUUAGACAGGGCCCACAGAGCCCUCCGCCCGCAAAAUCUGGGCGCCUCCAUCCCAAGGGAUGUGAUCACCCGCCUACACUUCUUCACAACUAAAGAGAAACUACUAACCAUAGCACGAGACAAACCCCCACGCUAUAAAGAAACCCGUCUAACUUUCUUCCAAGACUUAGCCCCCUCCACACUCAAAAAAAGAAGAGACCUCAAACCUCUGACACUUGCCCUCCAGCGACAAGGCAUCAAAUAUACCUGGGGACACCCCUUCAAACUCAUGAUCAAGAAAGACGAUCAAAUGCACAUCCUCACCUCAGUGUCGGACAUGUCGCCCUUCGCAGAAUCCCUAGGAAUACAACUACUACAACUGGCCCCCUUCCACAAAAACCGUGAAGAUGGGCGACCACAGGACGACCCUGAAGACUCUAGGCCGCCCAAGAAAUUGAGAACACCUGCUAGCCCGGGAGAACCCCCUCGGCACCGCCGAGACAGCCGCCACCAAUCCUAA